AUGGGUGAUACGAAUGGACAAGUAGUAGCUGGUGGCAAUAACUAUGGAAAUCGAUUGGAUCAAUUGUGGCUUCCAAGCGAUGUAUUGAUUGACAAAGAGACGGAUAGUCUCAUUAUUUGUGAUCUAGGGAAUGAACGAGUUGUACGAUGGUCUCGUCGUAGUGGCACAACUCAAGGAGAAAUCCUCAUCAACGACAUCCGUUGUUUUGGAUUGGCCAUGGAUGAUCAGAGAUAUCUCUAUAUCUCUGACACCGAAAAAGAUGAAGUAAGACGGUAUCAAAUAGGAGACAAGAAUGGAACUAUUGUGGCUGGUGGCAGUGGCGAAGGUGCUGGUCUCAAUCAAUUCAACUGGCCGACCUACAUCUUUGUCGAUCAACAACAGACUAUCUACGUGUCAGACUACAACAAUCAUCGUGUAAUGAAAUGGAAUAAAGGUGCAAACGAAGGAAUUGUCGUUGCUGGAGGUAAAGGUAAUGGGAAUGCUCUGACACAGUUGUAUAUUCCUCAAGGACUGUUCGUCGAUACAUUGGGUACCAUCUAUGUGGCAGAAUUUGGAAAUCAUAGAGUAAUGCGUUGGCCUAAAGGAGCGAAACAAGGCACUGUCAUUGUGGGUGGAAAUAGUUACGGACAAGGAGCAAAUCAGUUCAACUAUCUCCAGGGUUUGUCUUUCGAUCGACAUGGCAAUCUCUAUGUCGUCGAUCCUGGGAAUCAUCGUGUUCAACGCUUUUCAAUUGAAUAG